AGCUACAGCGCAUGUGUCGAAGCCUCGGGUAUCAGAGGACCAUCACUAGGGGUCAGCUCGGGGUUUUAGAGGACUAGAAUCAUGUCUGUGGCGGUGAUCCGGUGGGUCAUCCCGUCCGGGGCUGCAGCGCUCAGAUCGGUUAACGUGGUUCAGAAGGCAGGUGUUCAUACGAGUCAGGUGAGAAGCCUUCGGUAUGGCUGGUGGGCCUACGCUCUGGGCGAGAGGACGACUCCUCGGCUAAAGCAGAACAGCAAGAUCAUUUCCGUGGACGGAAACCUGGCCUCGGGGAAAGGAGCUCUGGCCCAGAAGCUGGCCGACAAACUGGGGAUGCUCUACAUGCCUGAACCCGACACCUUCUACCUGGACAAGAUGACCGGAGAGAAGACGCCUCUCCCGGUCGACUACAACGGGAUGUGCAGCCUGGAGAAGUUCUACUCUGAUCCCAAAGCUGCAGAUGGAAACAGCUACAGACUGCAGCUGUGGAUGUACACCAUGAGGCUGCUUCAGUACUCGGACGCCAUCGAACACCUGCUCACCACAGGCCAAGGAGUGAUCCUGGAACGUUCCCCCUUCAGUGACUUUGUUUUCCUGGAGGCCAUGUUCAAACAGGGAUACAUCAGGAAGGAGUGCGUGCAGCACUACAACGAGAUCAAGAACAUCAGCAUCUGUGAGUUCAUGCCUCCACAUCUGGUCAUCUUCGUGGACCAGCCGGCCGAGGAGGUCCACAAGAAGCUGAAGCAGAGUGGAAAGUCCUUCCUGCAGAAUGUGCCUCUGGCUUAUCUGAAGGGCAUCGAGGACAGCUACAAGAAGACUUUCCUGCCUCAGAUCAGAGAAACAUCAGAAGUGCUCGCCUAUGACGCGACUCAGACUCGGGAUGUGGAAAAGGUGGCCGAGGACAUCGAUUACCUGAAGUUUGAUAAAGGGCCGUGGUUGGAGCAGGAUGAUGUCAGCUACCAUCACCUCAGGAUGCUCGUGGAGGACAAACAGAGGGUGGCGACGUUGACCCACAUCCCCAGAUUCCUGCCAGAAAUCACCAUCGGAGCUCACGACUACGACCAGAAAUACUACGCCUACAAAUCGCUGCCGGGGAAGAAGUACGCUCCGGGCUACAACGCCGACGUCGGAGACAAACACAUCUGGCUGAAGUGAACUCUGCUGUUGUACAUCCCAUAAUAUGUCUGUAUUAGAGAAUAAAUUUUAAAUCUAAGUGA